AUGCCAAGUCUACAAAUGUCCCGGUGCCGUCAUGGAAGCGGGUGUCGCUGCACUGGGUACAUUGAGAUGUUGGGGACAUGUGCCUGCUCGCAUUCUGAGCAAGAUCAUGCAGUCAUUGAAGUGCCGGCCCUUCCUCCUCGUCGUUGUUCAGAUUCAGCAGCACAACAAUUUGUGACAAAUGAUUCUUCUGCAGACCCUCGAGCGACGUGUUUAUUGUGCUCUAGUCCAUAUUAUGAGCAUCUACCACUUGCACCACUCAAUCAAGAACCCAGCACACCCUCUUUUUUCAGCAGCUGCCGACUCAGCACAAGCACUUCCGCAAAUCUCUCCUUGCCUUCACUUUCAACUCCAGUCGCUUUUCCCAAUCCCAUGCACGGCUACCUUCAGCCUCCAGCCUCACCAUUAGCAUCAGUUUCAACCAAUACUGGCCUACUUCUUGCACCAGCAAAUAUGUCAGCGACUGGCACCGGAUGGCCUGCUGCCUCCCUCACUCCAUGGAGUCCACCUGGACCACCAAUGCAUGGCACUGUUCACACAGAAUAUGAGCAGCUGUUCAGAGAGAUGCGCGCACCGAUUCCACAAAAAAUUGGAAGUUUUAUCUUGCAGGCUCGCAACUUGGGCCUCGUGUUUCAGAUUGAAGGCAACUUCCAGAAAGACAACGCAGCAGGUUCUUCAUUCCAUCACUACCUCUGUUCACACUUCGAGACCGCCAGCCUCGCAUUUUCUGGAUCGAGUUCACCUUCAUCAUCAACUGGCCAACUAACACCAACCUCUCAGUUCCCUUGGUCAUUCAUGAUGACAGGAAAAGGACAAUGUUCUGCACGUGGGGCUAAGCUUCUUCCUUCAAGAUCAUCACCUGAACAUGUGACACAUAGAGACCUUCAAAAGAACGGAUCUAGACUCCCUGUGCCAUCAGCACCAUACCACGAGUAUCAGCUUGUAUUCAUCUUCCCUUUGUGGGAUAUCAUUGCUGGGCCAGUCAAUGGCCAUGGCAUGCACUGCUGUCUGGCGCCUCGGAUGUGGAAUGGCCACUAUGAGUCAUCGCUCCAUGAAGACCUCGAGGAGAUCAACUGCUCUUCUUUGUGUAUCACUGACUCCGAGGAGCUACCUGAUGGCAGUUUACUGCUUGCAAACACUGAUGUUCCAGCGGCUGAUCAGACUGGGCAAUCAAGUCUUUUAGAUGCCCUCCUGGCUGCAUCUGCGUCUCUGCCAUCACUUUCUAAUUCUCCUCUGCUGCCAGCAGCUGGCGCCAGCGAACCUUCAUCCAUACCAGCAUCUAUACCUUCAUCAGCCUUGACAUCGCCAAUUUCUUCAACUUUCUCAGCCUCCUCUCCAUUGACUUCCUCUCCAUCGACCUCCUCUCCAUUGACCUCCUCUCCAUUGACCUCCUCUCCAUUGACCUCCCCUCCAUCGACCUCCUCCCCAUCGGCCUCCUCAUCAUCAGUGUCUGUGGUGGCUGCUCAUCAGUCCCCACGUGCAGCAUUGCAUGCAUGGCGCACCUCACUCGGACACGAUCUUGACUCCAGUAGAGUUGCUGCUGGACUUCAGAAUCGUGUCAUAGACAUCACAGCCCCCAGCGCUAUGCUAGCCGCUCAAGGCUUCUUGGCGGUGUGCAAGGCUUUUUGUCAAGUAGGCACCAGUGACGAGCCAGUUUUGCCAGAGGAUGUGGAGAUAACUGACUGCACGCCCUUGAACAUGGUUAUAGGCUCAAUAACUGCAAAUAUAGGGCAUGGCGUUGGAAAUGGUCCUAUGCGCACCUUUUGGGGUGCCUUAAUCACACUCAUAACGCAGUAUUCUGGUCAUUGGCAACUGGUUUCUGACACUGGGUAUUACGUGCCAACAGUAACAUCGCUUCCCCCAUCAGAUGAUGACAUUAUUUCAUUCCGUGCCUAUAGUAUCAUCAUCUGCACUGGAUUCAUACUGGAGAUGGAGCUUCUUCCUAUCUCGCCCCAUGUACUCGUAUACCUGCUGGAUGCGUAUCAAACCUCUGUAGCACAACCAUUUUUAGAUGUUAUGUCUCCCUUGACAAGUCAUCGUCUUCAUUCAUGGCCACCGCCCGUCAUUACCAAUCCUUCUACAGGCCGCAGGGAGCUCGAUGUUGCAUUUGCCUGUGACCCAUACACGAUGAUCCUGGAAGUAGAUGGUACAGUACAGAUCAGUCAAUUACGCCAGCUGUCUGAAGCAGCGCAGGAAAGCCUUGGACAGCGGCUGGUAUGUCAUAUGAUCUAUGGGAAUGAGACGCCUCUUGCACAUGGACUGCAUGCAGUCUAUGCUGCUCUAGAGUCUGCAUUCAAUCAUGUCAUCCACGAUGACAUGAAAUUUCGUGACUAUUUUCACAUCAAUGGACCUGGCUCUGCCCAAUCUAUCAUACAAGGGAUGUUCGCUGGUCGUACACUAACCUCCCCUCAGCAAGUUAUCAACCUCAUUUCCUAUCGGCCAAUUGAGCAGCGCUCAAUCCAUUUGCGCAUGGGAUAUAUUCCAGAUCUGGACUAUGCUACCUUAGCUGAACAGUUCAUGGCGCAUCUAAAGUGCUACUUGCAUGGAUGCGGUGCCCCUCAUGCUUCAGAUGGUAGUAUACUCUUUGAGGAGCCAUCUCACAGUGACGACACUUUGUUGAGAUCCCGCCUGUUCUUGUGCAGCUCCACUGCACAUGAAUAUCUUCCGAUCAAUCCAACACAAACAAUCAAUAUCAAGUUUGAUUUGCAUACGUGUUUUUACACAUUAGACGUACUGCUGAACGAAACUACUGCCAACAUUAUCAACCAAUCAAUCCCAGACAACGACUCCGCAACUGAUUUUGAUCGAUGGAUCCACUCUGUCAUCAGUGGAAAUUCCUCUGACUCCUAUAACCAGAUAUAA